AUGGAUGGAGCGAACUCCGAUGAGAAACUGCGCCGCAUCCUCCUCUUUAUAAAAGCGGGUCAUCGCCAGGAACAGACGCCCCCCCCCCAACCUCCACCACCACCACCACCACCUGCGCCAGAUUUCGGUGGGAUCAACGACUAUUGUUUUGUCAGUAAUGAUGUUCGGGGCUAUUACCAAUCAAGAUCUUCCAGUGAUCAAGUGCCGGAGUCCCCGGAGGACCUCGGGUGCGUGCCCAGGCCCGGGAGCAGAGGGCCGGUGUACGAAGCGGCCGCCGUGCACGUGGACCCGUCCGCGUCCGUCACGCUGCAGGUGCUGGUUUCCAUCCCCGGGAACAUUUCCUGCCUGUGGGUCUUCAAACACAGCUCUCUGGGCUGCCAGCCACGCUUUGACCUACAGAACAGAGGAGUCAUUUCCAUCGUCCUUUUGAAAAUGACAGAGUCCCAAGCUGGAGAAUACCUACUUUUUAUUCAGAGCGAAGCUUCCAGUUACACCAUAUUGUUCACAGUGAGUAUACGAAACACACUGCUGUACACGUUGAGAAGACCUUACUUUAGGAAAAUGGAAAAUCAAGACGCGCUGGUCUGCAUCUCCGAGAGUGUUCCGGAGCCCGUUGUGGAGUGGGUGCUCUGUGAUUCACACGGCGAAAGUUGUAAAGAAGAAAGCCCAGCUGUCGUUAAGAAGAAGGAAAAGGUACUUCAUGAGUUGUUUGGGACGGAUAUCAGGUGCUGCGCAAGGAACGAGCUGGGCAGGGAAUGCACCAAGCUGUUCACAAUAGAUCUCAAUCAGACUCCUCAAACCACUCUGCCCCAAUUAUUCCUGAAAGUGGGGGAGCCCUUGUGGAUAAGGUGCAAGGCCGUUCAUGUGAACCACCGAUUUGGGCUCACCUGGGAAUUGGAGAACAAGGCCCUCCAGGAGGGCAGCUACUUUGAGAUGAGCACCUACUCGGCAGACAGGACGAUGACGCGGAUCCUGUUCGCUUCCAUAUCGUCAGUGGGAAGAAACGACACGGGAUAUUACACUUGUUCCUCCUCAAAGCAUCCCAGCCAGUCAGCUCUGGUUACUAUCCUAGAGAAGGGAUUUAUAAAUGCUACCAAUUCACAGGAAGAGUAUGACAUUGAUCAGUAUGAAGAGUUUUGCUUUUCUGUCAGGUUUAAAGCAUACCCUCAAAUCCAGUGUUCAUGGACGUUCUCUGGAAAAUCAUUUCCUUGUGAGCAAAGUGGUCUCGAAGAUGGAUACAGCAUUUCUAAGUUUUGCAACCAUAAGCACCAGCCAGGAGAAUACAUAUUUCACGCGGAGAACGGCGACGCCGAGUUCACCAAAAUGUUCACGCUGAAUAUAAGAAGGAAGCCUCAAGUGUUAGUUGAAACCUCUGGCAGCCAGGUCUCCUGUUCCUCCGAUGGAUACCCAUUACCCUCUUGGAUCUGGAGGAAGUGUUCCGACGAGUCUCUCAACUGCACUGAAGAAAUCACGGAAGGAGUUUGGAAUAAAAAAGCUAACAAGAAAGUGUUUGGGCACUGGGUGUCAAGCAGUAUUCUCAACAUAAGCGACGCCAUGAAAGGGUUUCUGGUCAAAUGCUGUGCGUACAAUUCUGUGGGCUCGUCUUGUGAAACCAUCUUCUUAAAAUCAAAAGACCCUUUUCCCUUCAUCCAGGACAACAUCUCCUUCUAUGCCACCAUCGGGCUUUGCCUUCCCUUCAUUGUCGUUUUAGCCAUGCUAAUCUGUCACAAGUACAAGAAGCAAUUUAGGUAUGAAAGCCAGUUGCAAAUGGUGCAGGUGACGGGCUCCCUGGAGAACGAGUACUUCUACAUAGACUUCAGAGAGCAUCAAUACGACCUCAAAUGGGAGUUUCCAAGAGAAAAUUUAGAGUUUGGGAAGGUCCUCGGAUCAGGCGCUUUCGGGAAGGUCAUGAACGCGACAGCGUACGGAAUUAGCAAAACGGGAGUCUCAAUCCAGGUGGCUGUGAAAAUGCUGAAAGAAAAGGCAGACAGUUCUGAAAGAGAGGCCCUCAUGUCGGAACUCAAAAUGAUGACCCAGCUAGGGCACCACGAGAACAUCGUGAACCUGCUGGGGGCGUGCACGUUGUCAGGACCAGUUUACUUGAUUUUUGAGUAUUGUUGCUAUGGCGAUCUUCUCAACUACCUAAGAAGUAAAAGAGAAAAAUUUCACAGGACAUGGACGGAAAUUUUCAAGGAACAUAAUUUCAGUUUUUAUCCCACUUUCCAAUCACCUCCGAAUUCCAGUAUGCCUAGUUCAAGAGAAGCUCAAACGCACCGGGACUUGGAUCAGAUCUCGGGGUUUAAUGGGAGUUCAACUCAUUCUGAAGAUGAGGUUGAGUAUGAAAACCACAAAAAGGUGGAGGAAGAGGAAGACUUCAAUGUACUCACGUUCGAAGACCUUCUGUGCUUUGCGUACCAAGUUGCCAAAGGAAUGGAAUUUCUGGAAUUUAAGUCGUGUGUUCAUAGAGACCUGGCAGCCAGGAACGUGCUGGUCACGCACGGGAAGGUGGUGAAGAUCUGUGACUUCGGACUGGCCAGAGACAUCCUCACCGACUCCAGCUACGUUGUCCGGGGCAAUGCACGCCUGCCCGUGAAAUGGAUGGCACCCGAGAGCUUAUUUGAAGGGAUCUAUACAAUUAAGAGUGACGUCUGGUCGUAUGGGAUAUUGCUCUGGGAGAUAUUCUCGCUUGGUGUGAAUCCUUACCCUGGCAUUCCCGUCGAUGCUAACUUCUAUAAACUGAUUCAGAGUGGAUUUAAAAUGGAUCAGCCGUUCUAUGCCACAGAAGAAAUAUACUUCAUAAUGCAAUCCUGCUGGGCUUUUGACUCAAAGAAACGACCGUCCUUCCCUAACCUGACUUCCUUUCUGGGAUGUCAGCUGGCCAGUGCAGAAGAAGCGAUGUAUCAGAACACGGAUGGUCACGUUUCAGAACGCCCUUCCAGCUACCAAAACAGGCGGGCACUCAGCAGAGAGGUGAGCUCCGAGCCACCCUCUCCACAGGCCCAGGUGAAGAUUCACAGAGAAACAAGCCAAUGAGGAGGACGUUGUCCCCCCACCCACCUUGGACAGGCUAUAGAUCACCAAACAAGAUCAGCCUCCUUACUCAGAGGAGAUAUAUUAUCAACUGCUGCUUUGCUGGACUUUUUCCUAAAAAGCUGUCUGCCAUCACUCUUAAAGGGCCUUUUGUAAAACCAAACCUCCCUGUCCACAGGAAGGAAGAGCCAAUAAUGCGCUUUAUUGGUGCAUCUGCCCACACA